GAGGGAAAAAAAAAAAGCAACAACAGCGCUGUAAAUUAUAAUUUUGUAACUACCAUAAACAUCUAAUUUUCUUUGGAUUUUCCCAUCUAUGAUAGGGCUAUUUUUUCAUUGCCCCCCCGAAAAAAAAAAAAAUUGACGUGUUGUCUCUUUUUGGUUAGACUACAUCAGACCACAUUGGCAUUCGUUAGCAAUUGUUUAUUGGAUUUUAUCAUUGCAAAAAUGUCUGGCUAAAAUUUUAUUCGUUUAUUUUUAUUAAAAUCAUGUAUUUUAAUAUGGAAAUUAUUUUAAAAAACAAACCAAAAUAUUUAAUAAAAAGAAAAAGUAGAUUAUCUCAUUACAAUUCAAUUGAAAGUGAAUAUUUCUUUUUAAAUAAAUUGCAACACGUGGUUACUCAUCAAAAUAAUAAUUAUGGAAAUUUCACGAGAUUGUGUUGAUGAAGCUUCUUAUUCACGCGGGUUGGAGGAUUUGAAGUUGAAUGGACAUGUUGGCAAUAUUAUAGUUUUUAUUGAUACUGAUGAACAAGAUGAUUUAUCAAUACAAAAUACAACAAAUGAUAAAAGAAGACAUCAAUUUGAAACUGAAGAAUUUUCAAAUAUUAAAGUGAGAAUUGUACCUGGUAAAUAUGGAGCUGUUAAUACUUCAGUUUCAUCGGUAGAUCGUCAAAAUUCAGUUGAAGAUGAAGAUGAAGAUAUUGUAUUUGAAUCAGAAGAAGAGUAUCAAGAUAAAGUAGAAAAUAUUCAAGAUGAUUUUAGUGUAUAUGAAUUUAAAGGACGAUAUCAAAAUCAUGUACAAUAUACUGAUGAUGAAGACUCUGAAGACUCUGAUGAUGAUGAUGAUGAUAACUCUGAUGAAGACUUUGAUGACGAUGAUGAUGAUGAGGAUGAUGAUGAUAAUUCUAUUGUAUUUGAGCUAGAAGAAGAAUAUCAAAAUAAAGUACAAAAUACUAAAUACCAAGAUGAUGAUGAUGAUGAUGAUUCAAUUGUAUUUGAAUUAGAAGAAGACUAUCAAGAUAAUGUAGAAAGUACUGAAGACGAAGAUGAUGAAAACGAUGAUUCUAUUGUGUUUGAAUUUGAAGAAGUACAAAACAACAAACACAAAUCAUCUAGUAAAAAUCAUAAUCAUAAUAAUGAAAAAGAAUAUCAAGAACACAUUCCAACAAAAGUGAAAUUUAAUCUUCAGCCAACUGUGCAUACAAUGAUUAAAUGGAAUUUUGCAUAUCGAGCUGCUCGUCGUGGACCCUGGCUACAAAUGGCUUGUGAUCGUGAUCGUUUUAAAGAAAGAAUUCAACGUCUUGGACGUGUACUUGACCAAGUAUUGAACACACAACACCGUGAUUGUAUUUGGCAUAAAAGAUUUGCCACAGAAGAAUUGAAACAAUAAGUCGACAACUUGAUAAUGUCCUUAAAACAUCGCAAUCGUGUAUUUAACGAUUUGCUUUAUCAACAAAUCAAUGGAUAGUUAGCUAGGCAAUAAUUAAUAAACAUAUCAAGAUGUUUUUUUUUUUAAAUCAUCUGGCCUUGUUAUAAUUUUAUCCAAGGUCUUGAAUGAAUGUUGAGCUUGUUUUAAUGAUGUUACAUGUCUUGUUUUACCAUCUUAUUGUACAUAGCCACUUAGAAAAAAUUGACAAGAUGGAAAAAACUAUGAUGUGUAUUCUUCGAUUAAUUUUUUUUAUCUAAAAAAUAGAUAACCAAUUAUUUAUUAUUUUAAAUAAUUCCAAAAAUAAAGAAAAAAUAAAAAAUCUAAUUUAAUUUCUGUUAUUAUUUUAUAAAUAUAAUCAUUCAAAUGAUUCAAUAAAUAG